CAAGAAAACAAAACAAACCUCGUGUUCGCCGGGAUCAGUCCAUGCUUGAUUUUCUAUCGAAUUGUGUUUAAAAGUUUCAAAGAUUUAACUAGGAAAUCGUGUAAAAAAUCAAAAUUAUUUUGUGCAAAUCUGUUCCUUAGCGGAAUACAUCGGACAAGAUUGAAUUUUAGCUGAUUGGCAAGGAGAAUAUCAAGAAAUGGCCGUCAAGGGUAAGAAAGCUCAGAAACAGCAGGAGAAACCCUCUCCAAAGUUGGUAAAGCACCAGGAGGAGGAAGAGGAAGACGAUGAUGAGGAGGAGGAAGAUGUCGAGUCUGACGAGAACGAAGAGCAAGAGGAACAAUCAGAUGAAGAAGUUGCAGAGCAGGAAGAAAAGGAUGAUGAAGACGAAGACGAAGAUGAAGAUGAAGAGUCAGAUGAUGAGGAGGAUACCAAGCAGGUAGAAAAGAAGGAACCGGCACCCGUUGAAGGUGACAUGAAGACAACGAUUUUUGUGGGUCACAUCAACUAUCAGCUUUCCAAGAAAGAAUUGGAAGAUUUCUUCUCUAAGGCAGGCGAAGUGCAGUCCAGCAGAAUUAUCACCAAGAGGGGUUACGGUUUUGUUACGUUUACGGACGCAGCUUCCGUUGAAGAAGCAUUGAAGCUGGAUAAGGAGAUGCUGGCCGGCAAGGCGGUGCAUGUCGAGCGAGUUAAAUCGAAGAAAACGGAUCACGCCCAGAAAGCGCAACUGAAACGCAAGGCCAACAAGGAAGAGAACGAGAAGGGAGCUAAGAAAGCCAAGCUGGGUGGCGGCAAGACGGUUCAGCUCAAGAAGGGAUUCAACAAGGGCGGAAAAGGUAGGCCGAAGACAGCACAACACACGAAUCCUAAUAAGAAAAAGAACAAGCAAAAGCCAGGAAAGUUCGUUAAAGCCCAAGAAUAAUUAUUUGUUGUGAAUAAUUUAAUAAUCAUCGCUUAACGACUAAGAAAUACUUUACAAAGAGUACAAUAAAUAUUUGUAUUUAAAGAUUAUAUAUAAUAGA